AUGAAUAGGUGUCGUUAUGGUGCGUGCUCAUACUACUUACUAGCACUGUAAUUGAGACUACUGAGUGUGAACCUUCAAAGUUCAAUUAUGAAAGACCUUCUCGUCGGGCUUAUGGUCAUAAGUAUUGUAGUAUGUAAUGAAGUUGGCAGCCCUGGCAGCCCUGAGAAGAGUCCUGGCGAGGUCUGUGGAGGAAGAGAGUAGUUGCGUCUAAUGCGGAAAUUCUGGCAACUUGCGAUUUCGAAGUUGGGAGCCUCAUGUGACGCCGAAUCUGAUUCGGGUCGGCCCAUCAAGUCAGCAUCAGCUUUAUACGGAAGCCUGUCACUUCGCACCAUUUUUUCAGCCCUCACGGCAUCUUCCAAAAACAGCUGGCCACUGAAUCUAAUCAUACAAAAGGUUGUUCCAGCUGUUGCUACCACCCGACACUCCCCUCUACACCAGGUAUUUCAGCACCCUUAUCCGCAUUCGUUCAAACAUAUACAUCUCUACCAUGGGUGUUCUGGAUAAUACUUUUGGAGCAUUCUUAAUUGGGGUUGUAGUCUCUGCCACGCUCUACGGUGUCACUUGCGUACAGACAUGGUACUACUACAGCCGGUACCCCUCGGAUCCGUGGUACAUCAAGCUCAUGGUUGGCGCUGUGCUUCUAUCAGACUCGGUGCAUCAAGCUCUGAUUACACAUACAGUGUAUACUUAUCUUGUAACGGACUUUGGCGUCGCUGCUGACCUCGGGAAACUGGUCUGGAGUUUGAUUAUCGAAGUCUUAUUCAAUGGCUUCACAGCACUUUUGGUUCAAAGCUUCCUUACCAUGCGUGUAUACAGACUAAGCAACAAGAGUUUGGUUGCAACCCUGUCUGUGAUGACCCUUGUUAUUGGUGAAUUCCUCCUCGUUGUCAUAUACGUUGCAAAGGCUAUCAAUAUGACGACGUUCGCGGAACUCACUGCGCUCAAGCCAUUGUCUAUGUCUGUGAACGCUUUGGCGGCUGCUGGAGAUGUCCUUAUCGCUGUAUUACUCUGCACACUCCUUCAACAAUCUCGCACUGGAUUCCGGAGGUCCGACAACAUGAUCAAUAAGCUGAUUCUGUUUAGCAUCAACACCGGUCUCCUCACCAGCAUUUGCGCUGUCAUGUCACUCAUUUCUAUUACCGUGUGGGAUGGUACUUUCAUUUACAUUGCAUUUUAUUUCUGCUUGGGCCGUCUUUACUGCAACUCUCUACUGGCAACCCUUAACGCACGCAAGAGUCUUCGCGGUGAUACCCGAGAUGAAAAUAUGUCGCUCUCACUUCAGGGCAUUCAGAAAAGCUCUAAUAGCACUGGUACCGCGCAAAAGCGAAUUCCGAAUAACAUCUCGAUUAAAAUUGAUACCACGCAGGAGCAGUUUAGUCGGUUCGGGACAUGAGUGCCACGUGGGCGAUGAGAAGUACAGAAUGUACCACCCCAUACUUUGGUGUCAAUCGUUCUUUUUGCAUUGUAACGUAUGAUCUGCACCAAUCUGGU